UCUCCAAACCCUAUCCAGGAAGUCCAGAGACAUGGAGACAAAGAAUUACAGCAGCAGCACCUCAGGCUUCAUCCUCCUGGGCCUCUCUUCCAACCCUCAGCUGCAGAAACCUCUCUUUGCCAUCUUCCUCAUCAUGUACCUGGUCACCGUGGUGGGGAAUGUGCUCAUCAUCCUGGCCAUCUACUCUGACCCCAGGCUCCAAACCCCUAUGUACUUUUUUCUCAGCAACUUGUCUUUCAUGGAUAUCUGCUUCACAACAGUCAUAGUACCUAAGAUGCUGGUGAAUUUUCUAUCAGAGACAAAUGUUAUCUCUUAUAUGGGCUGCCUGGUCCAGAUGUACUUCUUUAUGGCCUUUGGGAACACUGACAGCUACCUGCUGGCCUCUAUGGCCAUCGACCGGCUGGUGGCCAUCUGCAACCCCUUACACUAUGAUGUGGUUAUGAACCCACGGCAUUGCCUACUCAUGCUAUUGGGUUCUUGCAGCAUCUCCCACCUACAUUCCCUGUUCCGCGUGCUACUUAUGUCUCGCCUGUCUUUCUGUGCCUCUCACGUCAUUAAGCACUUUUUCUGUGACACCCAGCCUGUGCUAAAGCUGUCCUGCUCUGACACAUCCUCCAGCCAGAUGGUGGUCAUGACUGAGACCUUAGCUGUCAUCGUGACCCCCUUCCUGUGUAUCAUCUUCUCUUACCUGCGAAUCAUCGUCACUGUGCUCAGAAUCCCCUCUGCAGCCGGGAAGUGGAAGGCCUUCUCUACCUGUGGCUCCCACCUCACUGCAGUAUCCCUUUUCUAUGGGAGUAUUAUUUAUGUCUAUUUUAGGCCCCUGUCCAUGUACUCAGUGGUUAGGGACCGGGUAGCCACAGUUAUGUACACAGUAGUGACACCCAUGCUGAACCCUUUCAUCUACAGCCUGAGGAACAAAGAUAUGAAAAGGGGUUUGAAGAAAUUAUGGGACAGAAUUUACUGGUAAAAGGCACAAAAUGUUGAUAUGUCAUAAUUAAGACAUGAUCUAAGAGAUUAUCGGGUUAUUCUUCCUUACUAUUUUCCAUGUGGCACUCAAAGAGGUCAUGAAAAUUGGUGUUGGAUACCAGUAAGAGAAUUGACCUAGGAGCAAAACACUUGGUUUCUAUCAAUGAUCUUAACCAAAUACAUAUUCAGUCUCAGGCUAGGUACUGUUAGGAAUCCAGAUUUCAGGAAAAGGUUUCAGGUUUUGAAAGCUGAGUAUUGCCUCCUCAAAUAGAUGGGCAAUUAUAUAGAAAAAUAAAGCUAUCUCCAUUAGAUUGGUAACCAUAUAGAAAAAUAAAGCUAUCUCCAAAUAACUUGUCUAUAAGCCUGACAAUGGCUAGCAUUCAAGGAGUUUAAAUCCUAUUAGUUUUUUGUUUGGCAGCGGAGGGUUGUUCUUCUUGUGUGUGCAUGGCUUUUUUUUUUUAGAAACAUAAUCUCA